AUGGGGACCAUCAUCAUGAUACAUCUGCUCGCGUGCUUCUGGUUCGCCCUGGGCAAGGGCUCGACGAGAGGCUGGAUCUACCAGGAGCGCAUCGACAACGCGUCGUUCGGCGACCAGUACUUGGUCAGCUUCCAGUGGUCAAUGGCGCGCCUCCAUCCGAGCACGUUCGGCGAGAACAUGUCGCUGGAGACGACGCGGGAGAGGAUCUUCUCCAUCAUCGUGUCGCUCUUCGCCCUGUGCGGGGGCGGCGUGUUCAUCAGCAGCAUCACCAACACCAUGGCCCAGCUGCAGGCGUACCGGCAGCAGCGCACGCGGAAGCUGUGGGUCAUCCGCGCGUACGUGCGCGAGAACCACAUCUCCACGCAGCUGUCGGUGCGCGUCAAGAAGUACGUCGAGAAGAGCCUCGGCCGCAAGCUGCGAGAGCAGCACGCCGCCGAGCUCGUCCCCGACGACCCGCGUUUGCCAAUCCGGGCGCCUGUGGCGCUGGAGUUCGGCCCCACCGCCGCGACGAGCAGAUCCGCGUGUCGCGUCUCCGGCGAGAGCGGCGGCGUCUCCCGAGGCCUCGGUGUCGGGUGA